GGUUUCUCCCCGUUUCGUUCUGUCCGGUAUGCUUGCUUCCAUUUGGUUCCUAGAGUAAACAAGUAAACUGUUUCUGCAACAGACGAAACGUUUUGCAACGGAAUCUGACUAAUGAAUAUACCCCAUGAAUCCCACAAUACCAGGCGAAGGAGUUUUUUUUUUCCGUGGCAGAGCUGGUUGUUUCAAACCUCAGUCAAAGCGAAAGCGAAGUCGCUAUGCGGGGGGAUGUAAGAUGGCAGAGCUGCAAAUGUUAGAGGAAGAAAUUCCAGCCGGCAAAAGAGCUCUAGUAGAGAGUUACCAGAAUCUCACACAAGUAGCAGACUACUGUGAAAACAAUUAUGUUCAGGCCCAGGACAAGAGGAAAGCUCUGGAGGAGACCAAAGCCUACACCACCCAGUCCCUGGCCAGCGUGGCCUACCAGAUCAAUGCCUUAGCCAACAACGUGCUACAGCUGCUGGACAUCCAGGCCUCACAGAUGUGCCGAAUGGAGUCCUCAAUCAAUCACAUCUCUCAGACGGUGGACAUCCACAAAGAGAAGGUGGCCAGGCGAGAGAUCGGGAUCCUCACCACCAACAAGAACACAUCGAGGACCCACAAGAUCGUCGCCCCCGGCAACAUAGAGCGGCCGGUGAGGUACAUCAGGAAGCCCAUCGACUACAACGUGCUGGACGACGUUGGCCAUGGGGUCAAGCAUGGAAACAAUCAGCCAAUCAGAGGAGGAGGAGGAGGAGGGGGAGGAGGAACACUAUCGAGGACCAAUCCGCCGACACAGAAACCUCCUAGCCCGCCUCCCAUGACAGGUACCAUGUCAGGGCGUGGAACUCUGGGACGCAGCACGCCCUGUAAAACUCUGGAGCCGGUGAAACCACCCACAGUGCCAAACGACUAUAUGACCAGCCCUGCUCGACUAGGCAGCCAGCAGAGCCCCGGAUGCACUGCAUCUCUCAACCAGAGACAAAGAACCCACAGUGGUAGUAGUGGGGGUAGUGGCAGCAGGGAGAACAGUGGGAGCAGCAGUAUUGGCAUUCCCAUGGCUGUGCCUACGCCCUCCAUUCCCAACUCUGGACCAGCGGUGGCCCCCGGGCCUGGUCUUGGCCCCAUCCCCAUGUCCCAGUUCGGCACCAUCUCGCGGCAGAUCUCACGGCACAACUCUACCACCUCUUCAGUCUCCAUGGUUUCGGCCACGGGCACCUACCGCCGGGCGCCGUCCGUCACUUCCCAGUUCUCCCUGCAGCAGCACCAGAUACAGCAGCCGUACAUUAACGGGGGAACCUCAACCUACCCCCAGAACUCAACUGCCCCUCCUCCCCCCAUGCCCCAGCUGACUCCACAGAUACCUCUGACAGGCUUUGUGGCCAGGGUGCAGGAGAACAUUGCGGACACCCCUACUCCGCCUCCCCCUCCUCCGCCCGAUGACCUGCCCAUGUUUGAUGAAGCUCCUCCCCCUCCUCCACCGCCACCAGUUGACUACGAGGAAGAGGAAGCGGCUGUAGUUCUGUACAGCGACUCGUAUGCCGAUGGAGACCCCCAGUGGGCGCCCAAGAGCUACAUGCAGAAAGUGGUGGCCAUCUAUGACUACACUGCGGAUAAAAACGAUGAGCUGAGCUUCAUGGAGGGAGCCAUCAUCUACAUCAUUAAGAAGAACGAUGAUGGCUGGUUCGAGGGAAUCAGUAGCGGAGUCACGGGCCUGUUCCCCGGCAACUACGUAGAGUCCAUCAUGCACUAAGCUGACUGGAGGGACUCUACUGCACUCUAUUGUGCUUUUACUACAGACACCUGACCUUACGAAGGAUAGGGAAGUGCUUUUAGAUAUGACAGAAUGUUUGGUCUCUUACUAAUUGCAAAUAAAUCAAAAUACAAAAUAUCUAUUUACUUUAUUUUGUUGGUGGUGUUGUGGGUGGGUGGGUUGAGGGGCAUAAAGUAUAUAAUGAAUGAAUAGGACAAGGUUGAUGAUGUACUCACAAGGGCUGUGAUGUAGGGAUGUUUUCAAAGACCAAGGCAGUGGAGGCAGCUGAGGGGAACGACGGGCUCAUAACAGUAGGUGGAACGGAGCAAAUGGAAUGGCGUCUGAAAAACCUGGAAAACCAUGUUUGAUCCCGUUCCACUGAUUCCGCUCCAGCCUUUACCACAAGCCCAUUCUACCCAAUUAAGGUGACACCCACCUCCUUUGAGACCAGGGUAACGUUAGCUGAAGGACAUCCUGCCUUUACAUGUUCUUCCUGUUUGCAUAUGCGCGACAUAACAUCUGACUAUUCAUCUAUUGAACUACACAUUUCUCAUAUGCACUUAUGAAGUAUUAAUGUCUUUAUGAGUGUUAUCACGAGUAGUAUGCUAUGUGGAGACGAUGUCUGUCAGGCGGCAUGUAAUGCAUACGUAAACAUUAGGCGAUCUUGUGUAGACCUUCAGUGGAAGUGCUACUUUCUGUUAAUUGUAUAUAAUGUGAGCUGCAGCCUGUUGGGCGUCUGUGUAAAUUCAGUGAAUGUCAAUCGCAGUAUCUCAAGCAGGCUACUUACCACACACAUGCAAAUGUCCUACAGAAUAUUCUGUUUGAUUUACUUAAUUUUUUAUUUUAUUUUACUUUUUUGACAAUACAAAAACAAUAGACAACUCAACAUUUACAUACACACAUUUUAACAAACAUGAAUGACCUCCCCCUUGGUCAGACCCACCCCCUCGCCCAUCCUGCCAGUCAUCCCCUGGACGUCUCCAAAACCUCAUGCCAUAUAGCUUCAAACUGCCCUAUUCUGCCUCUCUCUGUUGCCUAAAUUGUUCAAUAUUUAGAUGGUUUAAAUCAAUUAAUCAAAUGCGUUAUUUUAUGAUUUGACAAACUACAAAAGUUAUCAGAAGCCUGAUCCAUUUUGGAUAUUACAUUUUAAAUCUUAAUUUGCUUUUUAUGAAUAAAACCUUUUGUUUAAUUUGUCAUUCCUGAAGUCUUAAAGCCAAAUCUAAUAAAAAUGUUUGUUUAAUUAUGCUUCCAUUUAGUUGUAAUACAUUCAAUUGUCUAGACAAGGCAUUCUGGGACUUGGUUUUAUUUUCAAAUUGCUCUUAAUUUGUUUUUAAGAAUAUUCCAUUUACAUAAAUUCAUCUGGUAAUGCAGUGAAAAGCAACACCAUUAUGUCGUGACUCCCCAGUUUGUAAAUGACACCUUUUCACUAUUUAUAGCGUUCCACGUCCAUUUUAAGAAACGUUGUAGUAAGUCUAAUCUGAACAAAAUUUGUUUUUUUGGGGGAUCAAAGUACAUAAUGUGAACAGUAACAGAUUAUGAUCCAUUAUUCUUCAUGUCAUGUUCGUGGGCUUAGUUUUCAAAACUUGUGUCAUGGUGUUAUUAGGAAAAAAAAGUUGCUAUUUGCAUAUUGUGUGAUAAUGGUGAUCAACAUGACAUCUCAUACACCUCAGUCUUCAUAGAUCAAAAAAAAGAAAAACUAGAUCACAUCGCUUUAGAACGGUCAGUUUGGUUUUUUAACUCCGGUCUGUCUGGUUAAGUUCUUCUUUCAUUUGUUCCAAAUUGACCCAGACCAUUUUGUCCAUACUCAUCUAUGGCUGUAGGCUCCGCCCCCUCCAUCUCUUAGGAAUCACGUUUGACUAUCGAUCCAUCCAUGACAAUUCAGGUUGGUGUUUUCAUUGGUUUGAUCUUUCCUGUCCAUCAACGUGGAAGUUCACUGCGUUUAACCCCUUCAGUGUAUAGCAGCUAAUGCCUUGUAUAUGUUGACUCUUAACAAGUGUUCCAACUCAAUGGGAUGCAAUAGCAAAGCUCCGCCCUUAAUGUGUAUAUAUGUUUUUUGUAUGUACAGCCUUUUAUAAUAAAUAAUUCUCCUACAUAUA